UGAUUGCUUUUGUUUCUGUGUUUUUGUUGCUGCCCCUUUUUGCUUCUUUUGACCACCCGAUUCAAGUGAAACUCAAAACAAAAAAGAUGAGUUUUUUGACGUGGCACGCAAGUUUAUUACUAUCGGCAUUUUUACUAAUUUGUUUAAUUUCAUUCACUGCAACAAAUAAUGCAGUUACAGAGGAAAUUCACAAGCCUUGGUAUGAGAAUCUACCGGCGGUAGCUAUGGACUACAAGGUUCAUAUCGAUGCUGGCAAGGAGGACUGCUAUUACCAAUAUGUGCAGGCCGGUGCCACAUUUUACGUUUCCUUUAGUGUGGUGCGUGGAGGUGAUGGCAUGGCUGGGUUUGCUGUUCGUAAUCCCCAGAAUCAGAUUGUGAAGCCAUAUCAGUGGCAAGCCACUGCUGAUUACACAGACCAAGUAUCGCCUGGUGGCUACUAUUCUGUGUGCAUCGAUAAUCAGUUCUCCCGUUUCGCCGGCAAGCUGGUCAACAUUUAUAUCACUGUAGUGAAGUACGAUGCUUGGGAUAAAUAUGCUAAGGAAAUAGAAGAGCUACAGUUGAAUUUGCAAAAUUUCACGGUUACGCUUGGCACCGUAGAGCGAAACAUUAAUGACAUGCUGGCCUACCAAUCCUAUAGCAGAAAUCGUGAAGCCCGUGAUUUUGCAUUACUGAACGACAACAACAGUUACAUACAAACAUUCUCCGUGUGCCAAAUUCUGGUAAUCUUUGUAGCAUGCUCCGUGCAGGUUUUCUUCGUGCGAAAACUCUUCGAUGUGAAAGUUUCUUCAAAAUCGCGAAUUUGAAUUGCUGAGUGCUUGCCCUAAUGCAAUCUUUUAGCUUAUUUCUGACUGCUACGCCUUAAGUUGGUGAAACUACGAACAACCGUGACACAUUCUUUCGUUACCCCUAUGCAUGCCAAAAUCAUUACUUCUUUUUUUUACCAGCAACUAACAUUCAUAUUUUGCACUUAAAAGUUUCUACUACACGAGACAUUUACAUUUCGAUGGAAAAAGGAAUUUAAUAGACUUGUUUAAACAUUCUUCUUAACUACAUUUAAAUAUAUCAUUGUGCUCUUUUUUGGCAAUUUAUCGCAUAAUUAAUAAUGUACCAUAGCAUACUUAUCUUAAUAUGUAUGCAAGCGUGAGUGUGUAUUUUUGUAAAAUAAAGUUGAACAAAAAACAGAUAUGUAAGUGAA